AGGACUUAAGGUCAAGUUACGAAAUUACCGUAUUGACCUUGUAGGUUCAAACAGCAUUAGGGGUAUAUCAAUCAAUAACCAAUCUGCUGAGGGGACCAACUAGCCACUCAUAAUUCUCUCUCUUCUCUGCGUGUGUAGUGCAGUGUGUGUAGUGCGUGCAAUUUCCAUUGCCAUGUAAAGAGAUUUUGAACUCAAUCUCUCCCCAUUGUUUCCUUCCUUCACAAGUAUGAUGAAUCAGAGCGAAACCACAGCAGUUAGUUAUAUAUAGUGAUCCUUGAUAGAAUUUUUAUCGAUUUUCAAGAAAUCAUCAAGUUCAUCUUUUCAGGGUUUUCUGUCCUUUGCGGGAAAGAUUAUGGUGAUGGAAACCUACUACAGAAAACGCUCCAAGAAAGCCCAUCAACCCACCAUGGAAAUGGAUCAGUGCUACCAAAAAGAGGCGGAGCAAGGCAGCAUCACAGCCUCAGAGUCUCCAUUUUUAGGCCGACUGCAUCACGUACCACCGCCACCUUCAUCCGACCACUGCAAUCUCCUGCUUAAAGAACCAGCGGAAGAUGGAGGUGAAUCCAAGAUGCGGAUCCAUAUCAAAACAGGUUAUCUUUACGAGAUUGAUCACGUUCAUUUACCCCAGGGAACCCCAGUUCAACUCAGGUCCAUCCGAGUUGCUAUGGUCUGCGAGAAGACGGAGAUGAAUGUCGCAGUGAGGUUCCCAAGCAUGGAGUCAUUAAGAGCAUUUUUCAACUACAGCAAAAGAGAAACGCACCCGGCUUUGGAUGAGAAGUUUGUGGUGGAAGCGGUGGUGGCGGAGAAAGUGCUAGUGAGACUAAUCCCGGCGGAGGUUUUCUCCGAGCAGAAGAGUUUAGAAGCGUUCUGGUUGAUUAGUUCUUCAGCUGCUGAUUCAUAUAAUGAAAAUGCUGGAGUUACUGCAUAUAAGAAGGGGACUUGUUUGUCUGAGCUAAAAGGCAAUGGGAUGGUUAGAUGGGGGAUUAGAAGGCAAGUGAAAUAUCUGGGUAGGCAUAGGGAGAUUCAUGAUGGUAAUGAUGUUAUUGCACAAAACUCUUCUUCAAGUUUUGUGAAUGGAGUUGGGGAAUCCCAGAUGGAAUUAGGGGUUACUUGUGAUGAGAGAGAAUCUGUACAACAAGAGAAAACUGGAGAUUCUGAUGAUGGAGGGAUUAAUGCUGUUAAUGGUGAUGGUGGAGAGAGGGAUGAGGAGGAGGAGGAGGAGGAAGAAGAAGAAGAAGAAGAGGAGGAAGAAGAAGAGAACGGAGAAGAUGAUGAAAACGAGGAAGAGGAUGAUGAAGAAGAAGAGAAGAUUAAGACUAACAAGAAUCUGAAAAGAAAGAGGUACUCGUUUAGAAACAUUCGUGUGAAGAAACCAAAGAAACAAAAGCUUGAAAUCAGAAAACAAAAACAAAAGCAAAAGCAGAAGAAGAAUGAGAUCAAGAAAAGCAAGGGUAGAAUCAGAUCCAAGGAAGCAUUUGUUCUAAGAGAUCCAAAGGAUCGCUGGUCUGCUGAAAGGUACAAGCUUGCCGAGCAAAAUCUGUUAGGAGUAAUGAAGGCAAAAGGGGCAACAGCCGAGAAACCGAUUCUGAGGCCUCAACUGAGAGCAGAAGCAAGGAAGAGGAUAGGUGAUACUGGGCUACUUGAUCAUCUCCUAAAGCACAUGGCCGGUAAGCUUGCACCGGGAGGUGAAGAGAGGUUUCGAAGGCGGCACAACCCUGAUGGAGCAAUGGAGUAUUGGUUGGAGAGUGCUGAUCUUGUUAACAUCAGAAGGGAUGCUGGUGUUGCUGACCCUUACUGGGUGCCACCACCUGGUUGGAAACCUGGUGAUUCCCCAACUCAGGACCCUAUAUGUGCUAGAGAGUUGAAGCUUUUGAAGGAUGAUAUUUCUAAGAUAAAAAGGUCACACAACAUACUAUAA